CCAAGUCGGCGCGGUAGCUUCCCGUGUACCGUACACAGCAGGAUCCUCCGCCUUCCUUGUGUUCCGCGCUUCCACAACAGUUUACCGCAAGGAAGGAACCAUGGACAUGAACUCCAACGCCAACAACAGCACUGCCGCAGCAGCAUCGGCUCCCAUCAACAACCAGCAGGAGGCUGUGGUGUCAUCCCCAACCAGAAAGGAGCAAGCCAGGAACCCCAAGAAGGCGCGGGCGGCGCCGCAGCAGGCGGGCGGCAGCGGGGAGCCUAGGCCGCGGCCUCCGCCGGACGCGGCGCACAGCUGCCCGCGCUGCUCCUCCACCAACACAAAGUUCUGCUACUACAACAACUACAACCUGACGCAGCCGCGCUACUUCUGCAAGACGUGCCGCCGCUACUGGACACACGGCGGCACCCUCCGCAACGUCCCCGUCGGCGGCGGCUGCCGCAGGAACAAGCGCGCCUCCAGCUCCUCGUCCCCGUUUCCGGGCCCCUCCAGCACCGCCGCCACCAGCGCCGCGAUGGAGAAGACCGUCAGCACGCGGCUGAUGCUGAUGGCGACCAGCACCAUGGCGAUGCCCUCCCCGACGGCAGGCCUGUUUGUUCCCGAUGACAUGUCCCCGGCAUUCACGCCGACGACGGGCGGUAGCGGCUUCGACGACCUCGCCGGCAUGGACGAGCAGCACCAGCAGGGCUUCCUGCCCUUCUCGCCGCUGUCCCUGUCCGACCAGGCGCCGGAGCUGGCUCCUGGAGGAGGGGGUGACACGACGCCGUCUUUCCUGGACAUGCUGACAGGAGGGUAUCUCGAUGGCGGCGGCUACGGCGGCAUGAGCGGUGGCAGCGAUGCGAUGGACAUGCCGUUCUCGCUGCCUGAGAUGGGGCCCCCGACAACUGAUCCAAUGCCGUUUCAGCUCCAGUGGACGUCAUCAGAGCUUGACAACUACAUCAACGACGACGGUGGUUAUGCAGCAGGACCAGCCGCCGGAGUGCAGCAGCAGCAGCAGCAGCAGCAGCAGCAGAUUAAUGGUGGUGAUCACCAGAAGCAGGACGAGAACAAAGAGGCGGGGAACGGCAAAGGCAACGACGACGGCGGCGGCGGGUCGUCGUCGGUGUACAGCUUCUGGAUGAACACCAGCGGCAGCGACGGGGCAGAGGGGUAGUGCGCCACUGCCAGUGCCAGCCACAGGAGGAGGCGAAAGUGCUGCUGCAAACUCCCUCGCAUCAUCUGGUCGGUGCAAGUGCAGCAGACAUCCUUCGUCGACGCAAUCAAAUCAUCAAAAGGUGGCAACAGGGAGUGAAAGGGGGAAGAAGUUCACCAUCCAGCGUAGAGGAUAGGGUGCAUGUUCAUGUUUGAUUUAUCUGCAUUGUGGUCGGUCGUGGUUGCAAGUCAUCUUGCACCACCCUUUGUUUUGGUUCAGUUUGCAUGCGUUCGUUCGUCAGAGUUUUACUUGCAGCAGUCUUUGGAUCGCCGGCAGAGAUUAGUUAGGUAUCUAUGCUUUGUUUUCGUCAGUUCGUUCUGGAUAAUGUCUUAAUAAUUCCUCAGUUUAUUUCUUUGUUAACUAGUCGUCGUCUAAACCUUUUCGUGUGUAGUAUUUAGUUUGGACGCGUCGUUCAAGCGGGCUGUGUUAGCCUGCGUUAUAUCUGCUUGAUGAC